AUGGCCCAAACACAAACGAUGCUUUACAGUCAGGCACUCGAACAACAUCAAAUAUCCAAUCGAGACCACAGAGCCCAUACCGCUUUGUCUCCCGGUCCGGACGAGGUGUUGGUCAACCUGAAAUUCUCUGGCCUCUGUCACUCUUCCCUUCAUUCAUGGAAAGGGAACUCGUCUACUAGGAAACGACAUCGCGUUGAUGGCCACGAGGGCACAGGAGUUGUUACAGCCAUCGGAAACGACGUCAAUGAUAUUAAGAAGGGUGAUCAUGUUGGGGUUCAGUGGAUCAACAAAACCUGCGGAAUUUGUGACGCAGAUAAACGGUUGGACUUUGCCUCAUGCCCACACGCUCGGAUGACCGGGUACUCAGUUGAUGGAACAUUUGGUGAAUACUGUAUCACUCAAGCCUGUCAUGCUGUGCGCAUCCCGAAACAGUUUCCUCUUGAUACUGUAGCCCCGAUUAUUUGCGCUGGAACUACAUGCUUCAGGGCUGUGCAGGAAAGUGAUGCAAAGACGGAUGAUAUCGUGGCUAUCGUCGGACCCCCGGGUGGGCUAGGAUCUUUGACAUGCCAAUAUGCCAAAGCCCGUGGCUGUCGAGUCCUGGCCAUAUCUAGCGGAGAGAAUAGUGAGCUCCUAUACAAGCAGAAGAUUGGCGUCGAUUUCUACCUGGAUUACCGAAGCUCGAAGGAUGUCGCCGUUGAAGUCCAAAGGAUUACCGGUUGUGGUACUGAUGCCGUCAUUUUGAUCGAGGGAACCGAAACGCUUCUCAAAGGAGCACUUCAGUAUGUGCGACCAAGAGGAACGAUUGUUGUUAUGGGUUUGCCUCCAGGCGCCCCAGUCGGUGUGGAUGUUUCAAAUCUGAUGUCGAGGAUGGCGCAAAUAAAAGCGUCUCCUUGUGGGGAAACUCGGGAACAAAUAGAAGAGGCCAUGCGUAUUUUUGUGAAUAAGAGGUUCUACCAGCCAUGCCAUGUCCUGGGUCUUGAUCAGCUUCCUCAAUUCCUCAAAGCCGUGCGGAGGGAUAACCCUAAGGAGAUAUCCCCUGAGGCAGCCUUAUCCUAUGGGGAUCAAUUGCUCGGUGAGGCGGUCAUCAAAAUUCCAAAUUCCGUGCAUCAAAGGCCAGUCAAUCCACCAAAUCCUCAACCAACCUUCUACCAAAAUAACUACAACAUUGGUACAUUCCUGGCCUACCGGUUGGAGGAGUUGGGCAUCCGCGAGUACUUCGUUGUACCAGGGGAUUCCAAUCUUUCUCUUUUGGAUGGCCUUCUGAAGAAUCCCAAUCUUCGCAUGGUGGGAUGUUGCAACGAGCUAAACACCGGCUAUGCCGCAGACGGAUACGCUCGCCUUUCACCAACCCGUAUUGCAGCUGUCGUGGUGCCCUACAUUGUAGGCAGUUUGUCCGUUCUCAAUGCCGUGUCAGGCGCCUGUUCGCAAAAUAUCAAAUUGAUUGUCCUCGCCGGUUGCCCAGGGACUAGUAUGCUAGAUAGCGGCAGCUUUUUGCAUCACGCGCCUACUACGAGGAACAAAGACCAAGGCCUCGACGCAUUCCGGGGGGUUACAGCUGCAUCUGUCCGCUUGGACUCCGCAGAGACUGCUGUGGAUUUGUUGGAUGACACUAUAGGCAAAUGCCUUGACUCGUCCUUGCCAGUCUAUAUUGAGGUUCCCAAUAACCUUGUUUCUGCUGCAUGUGCUCACCCGUCACCACUAAGCAGGAAGGUUGCCGCGAGGGGUGACCCAUACAUACUAAAUGAGGCUGUGAACACAAUUACGGACAUUUGGAACUCGUCUCGCAAUCCCGUUCUUAUACUUGGAAGCCUUGCACGUCGGUCUCUCCAUCAUGAUCAUGUCGAGCUUCUAGCAGAUAAGCUAGGGUGUGCGGUUCUUUGUCAACCGGACGGACGUUGCAUCAACGAGUCCCAUCCACAGUACUGUGGUCAGUUCUGGUCUGGAAUGACCAACCCGGAAGGCGAGCAUUUCGUCAUGAACUCAGACCUUUGGCUAGUUAUUGGCGGCAACUGGUCCGACCUUCAUGCCUUUAGGGUGGACAUUCACCAGGAAAAACACCGCAUUAUCAGCGUCGAUAAAGAUUGGGUUAGACUCCCCGAAGGAAAGCGCAUUGAGCCAGUGAAAAUCCAUACAUUGGUAGCGCAUUUGAUCGAGUCCGACAUGGAUUCCAAGAGCGAAUCUGUUCCUCGACCGAAGCCGCUGCUCGGUUGUUUGCCUCCUGACGGGCCAGAGACACCAGAGGCACCCGUGACUUUGAAGAGCACCAUGAGCGGUAUUCAGGAGCUUAUCAAGGAGCAUGAUACCUUGUUCUGCGACGCGGGAGAAUCCUGGUUUGUUGCCAAUCACAUUUUACUCCCUCCUGGAGCAGACUGUCAAAUGCAAUUUCCGUAUUGCGCAAUUGGAUGGGCUUUGCCGGCUGGUUUUGGAUCUCAGCUUGGUCGCACGCGUGGUCGAUCUAUAAUCCUCAUCGGCGAUGGAGGGUUUCAGAUGACAGCACAAGAGCUCAGUACCAUGAUUCGUCAGAAGGUCAAUCCAGUCAUUUUUGUGUUUAAUAAUCUGGGGUACAAGAUUGAGACUGCCGUACAUGAAGGACCGUACAACUACAUUGCCAACUGGGAUUAUGCUAAAUUGGCUAGUGUCUUUUCUGCAAAGCCUCAUUCCUUGUCUCAUAAUCCCUAUGCUAGAAAGGAAGAGGAAGACCUGGAGGGCAAUCCAGCAAUGUUCUCUGUGCAAGUCAAGACGCAGGGAGAUCUCAAGUCAGCCCUGAACAGGGUUGAUGAAGAGCCUGACAAGCUUGCCUUUCUUGAAAUUUGCACACAGCCUGAUGACAGGACUGAGGAGCUUCAACUCCUUGGAAGCAUGAUUGCAAAGAAUUCUACGGAAGAGCAAACACAAUCAAAAAGUCCUGACACAAAACCAGUCAAGGAAGUCAAGGCUGACCCGAGCAAUGGCCUAACCCAUGGCGCUGAAAAUGGAACCACAGACGUCUCCGACGAAAGCAUCCCGAAAGGUCCUAAGAGGCCCCUUAUCCCUUCAUCGAAUGGGUGCGACGGAGACAAGGAUGGGAAGGACCUUCUCGCUUCACGCAUUAAGAUCACCCUCUCAUCGGACCCCAAGCCACUGCCAGCUCCAGAUGCCCCUGGUGUUACGUCUUUCAAAACCUGUACGGACCAUAUGAUACAAGCACGGUGGACUGCAGAGAAAGGCUGGGGAAGCCCAGGUCUCGUCCCCUACGGCCCUCUUUCUAUACCGCCCAUUGCAAACACACUCCACUACUCUACGCAAUGCUUCGAAGGCCUGAAGAUCUACCGGGGCUUUGACGGAAAACUGCGACUUUUCCGACCAGAUCUCAACUGCGAACGCAUGUUAUCUUCUGCUAAGCGUAUCGGCUUGCCGCAAUUCGAUUCUAACGAGCUACUCCACUUGAUCCGCGCAAUCUGUGCCGUUGAAGCUCCAAAAUGGCUAUCGAAAGACCGAAGAGGUCAGUGCAUGUACAUCCGACCAACGUUACUCGGCACGAGCGAGGGCUUGGGCAUAAACACCCCACAGGAAGCUCUUCUAUACAUCGUCCUAUCAUAUGCGCUCAGCACAUCUGCCAAACCAUCCCGUAAACCAAAGAAUCUGCGCCUCUGGUCCAGCACCGAGGAUAUGGUCCGGGCCUGGCCUGGAGGGACCGGCCAUGUGAAGGUUGGCUCCAACUACGGCCCAUCUCUGCAAGCGCAGAACAAAGCCCAGAAGCUGGGCUACGACCAAGUCUUGUGGCUCUUUGGUCCCGAUUGCCAGGUCACAGAGGCAGGGGCUGCCAAUUUCUUCGUCAUCUGGGAGACCAUGGAUGGAGGACUACAGAUGGUCACUGCGCCUCUCGAGGAUCAAAUGGUUCUUCCUGGUGUGACACGCCGCAGUAUCUUGGAGCUGGCUCGGGAGAGGCUCUCCAAUGGUCCGCUUCAGGUAAAUAUGCCAGACGAGUCGAGCCAGGUUGUGGAGCCUCUGGAGGUGCUGGAGGAAUGGUUCACUAUUCAUGAUAUCGUUGAUGCAGCUAAUCAGGGAAGACUCCGUGGGGCGUUCUCUGCAGGGACUGCGUGUUUCAUUGCCCCGGUCUCUUGCAUUACUUAUGGUACACAUGAGGUGGAUGUUCCGGUUGAUGCGGUGCCGUAUGCAUUUGUGCUGCAGAAGUGGCUGUCGGAUAUAAUGUAUGGGGAGAAGCAGAGUCCGUGGGCGGAGGUGGUGGAGGAGUAUGUUGCUUGA